AUGACGCACGACGCCGAGAGACCGCGUCACAAGCAGGGCCGAAGCCUGCGCGGCCUUCUUCCAAAAACUCUUUGGGACAUCGCCGCUGCCUUUCUUGAUCGCGGUCGCCGCGGAAACGGGCUUGCCCUGGGCGAGAUCGUUGCUGCAAGUAGGACACCAGCCCGCGCCGCCGGGCAGCUUCUCGUCCUCGCUGGUCGAGCGGCUCUAACAGUCGAAUCCAGACUCUUUGCACUUCUCGCAGCGGAUGACGGCGGCAGGGCCGAUGCGGUGGCCGCAGUCGUAGGCUGGGCUGAUUUAAUUCUGUUGAACGCAAAAGCUUGA